UCACCCUAAAAAAGUGAAAAGUGAAAAGGACACUACGAGCUAUCAAAUUCUCUGACACACUUUUGAUCUUCAGCUGUUUCAAAACCUUGUGAAUCAUAUCAACUCCCAUUGGAUAUUAUUAUCCAAUCCCAUUUAUGUACCAACACCAAACCAACUCUUCCACAACUCCAUUCUCAACACAAAUAUUCACACUCAACAUAAUUGCAAGAUAAAAAUGCAAUCAUUAACUUCCUUUCUAGCUCUCUUCAUUUUCCUAACAUCAUUAUCACACCCUUCACAUUCAAACACAGUCCCUUCAUUUCCCACUCCAACUCAAUCCCCAAUAUGCAAACUAGACCUCUCCAACGAACUCUUCGGCGGCGUAAACGUCGCCUGCGGCAACAACCUCGACCGAAGCCGCUGUUGUCCCGUUCUCGCCGCUUGGCUCUUCGCUGCUCACGCGCGAAGAGCCUUAGAGAUUUCCCCUAUACCAUCUGAAAAUUCCAUCGACCUUCCGAGAAUGCCUGAUGAUUCUCAGAAGUGUGUUAACUCCCUCCAAGACUCUCUUCGAAACAGAAACAUUAUAAUCCCAACACCAAAUGCUAGCUGUGAUGCUGUUUUAUGUUUCUGUGGAAUCAGGCUUCAUCAGAUAAGCUCAUUAAAUUGUCCAACCGCUUUUAAUGUUUCGGAUUUUACCACGGUUCGUAAUGUAUCUGGUUCUCAUAAAGCUACUCCUACUGCUGCGGUUCGUGAAUUGGAGAAGAAUUGCCGUAACUCUUCUUAUGCUGGUUGCACCAAUUGUCUGGCUACAUUGCAAAAGUUAAAAGUGCACAAGAAAGAGAGCAAGGAAAGUGACAGGGAGAGGAAGAUGUUCAACCGGGACUGUCAACUGAUGGCACUAACAUGGCUGUUGGGGAAGAACAAGACGUUGUAUAUACCAACAGUAUCAGCGGUGUUACGUGCUAUAAUGUACAGUGCACAUCCACACGAUGUAAUGUGUAGUCCAGACCAGGAGAACAUGCCUCUGGCCGUUGAUUCGAUGCAAUUCGAUCACGCGAGUAGUAGCGCGGCGCAAUCUUGGCCGUUCAUCAAGUUGUUUUGGAGUAUGAUUAUUAUUAUGAUUGGGAUUGUGAUGUAAUCGUGACCCAAAUUAUUGUGGUUUCUGUAUGAACAUGAAGGUCUACUACAGUGACGGGUUGUUCGAGACUUGCAAGGGUCUAUGUGUUAGUCACGUGAAACUAUAUUAUUGGAAAAAUAUAUAUGCAAAGAGACAAAGAGGUACGUUUCAGUUUUGUCCAUUUUUGCUGUAUGAUCGAAUAAUGCAGCUUUGGAGCAAACAAAAAGAAGAGACAAUGCAACAAGUUAGACAAAUGACAACAUGUCACGGGCCUCAAAUCUCCUAUCAUCACUUGUGUGUGUAUGUUUGCUUAUUACUUUUCGGAUACCACAAAUGUUUGUUGUAUUUGAUCAUUCACAUUGGUUAAAAUUAUAUUUGUGAUGCAUAUUUUUAAUUA